AUGGCCGGGACCUGGCUUCUGCUUCUCCUGGCCCUCGAGUGUCCAGCCCUGCCCACAGAGGUAACCACUCUCCUGAGGCUGGCACAACAAGGUGCGGGCAGCACACCCUUCCCCUCUCUGGCCCCACCAAUCACACUUUUGGUGGAUGGAAAGCAGCAGACGCUGGUGGUCUGCUUGGUCCUUGACGUUGCACCUCCUGGCCUCGAGAGUCCCAUCUGGUUCUCAGCUGGCAACGGCAGCUCACUGGAUGCGUUCACCUAUGGUCCUUCCCCAGCGGCGGAUGGCACCUGGACUAGCUUGGCUCAGCUCUCCCUACCCUCUGAAGAGCUGGCAGCCUGGGAGACCCUGGUCUGCCAUACCGGGCCUGAGGCUGGAGAACAGAGCCAGAGCACACAGCCCCUACAGCUGUCAGGAGAGGCUUCCUCAACCAGGACCUGCCUCUGGGAGCCUCUCCGAGGGACGCGGGGCCAGGCGCUGCGGCUGGGGGCGCUGCGGCUGCUGCUCUUCAAGAUGCUGCUGCUGGACGUGCUCCUGACCUGCAGCCGCCUCCGCGCGCUGCCCGCCGCGCGGGGAAACCCUGCCGGGCCGUCCUGCCCGAGGGACCCCAGGCUCCCCGUGCCUCUCGCGGCCCCGCGGGCCGAUCGCCUUCUCUUCCCGAAGCCUUCGCCGGUAGGAUCGCCCGCAGCCCCCACCGACAGGCUUCGCCGCAGUGAUGGGGGGACCACAGGGCUCAGCCUGUCCGCCCCGCCGGCGCUUCAGCCCCGCAACAGCUGCGGGGUUCACACCCGCCGUCCGGGUCGGGAUCCCAGGAGCCUGGUCUGGGAAGAUCGGGCCGCUCAUGCUCAGGGCCGGGUGCUCCAGACCCGCCCUCAGUAUUCCUGCCUCAAGCCUUGGAGCAUUUCUCUGUGA